CCAAUCUGACCAAUAGAUCCAUGGACCAGUUCCACAGGCUUUUUCUAACUUCCGCUAGUCCUGCUAACUUUUUAAAUUAUUAUCUAUUCUUAAAAAAAUAGCAUAGUAACAGAUCGUUUUGUACUUAUCGGAAUGCAAUCUAUUCUUAUAGUUACUAUACCUAGUAUUUAAACAGUUAUUUGUGUAACGGGAUGGACAGCAGAAGUAUAACGACGCCUUCACAUGGAAAAGCUUAUAGACAUGGACCAGCAGCAUCAAGCUACUUGUGUUUAUCUGACCUUGAACAAAAACCAUGUCACAGCACUCCCGUCACAAAGAGUAAUGAUAUUAUGCCUGGGGGUAGCCAAAUUCUCACACCAGAUUCAAGAUAUUAUGGUCCUCACAUUUCAACUGCCCCCUUCUUAAUACCAUCUUUGCAAGAUGCACAGUUCCCUGUUGCUGUCACCAAAGACCCAAUGAUCAAAAAAUUGAAAAAAGAGCUCCAGCUGCUGGUGACAGAGCUAAAGGACAGAGACAAGGAACUAAAUGACAUGGCUGCUGCCCAUUGUCAGGAGGUUCAAGCCUGGGAGAAAAUGCGACAGAAAUUGCUAAAACUAGAGCGGCAAUGUGCAUGCUUAGAGGAUGAGCUACAGAAGCAUAAUAAUGUUAUUAGAAUCCUGACUAAGCAUGUUGUAGUUUUGGAAACCAGAGAAGAAGAUGCCCUGGAGCAGCUCAGAGAAACCCAGCUACAGCUCAGGAAGCUUUCAAACAAGGAACUCAAUCUGAGCAAAAAAUGUCAAGAUUUUGAGGAACAGAACAAGAGCCUUAAUGCCUCUGUUACUGCUCUCUCCACCCAAAUUGGUACUAUGCAGGUCAGAGAGGAAGAGCUGAGCUCAAUGCUCAAACUAAAGGAAAAAGAUGUGAGUGAAGCUUCAAGCCAGUUGGUGGACCUCACAGGGCAUCUCAAGGACAUGGAGAUAUCGUUAAAAGAAAGUUACUCAAAAGAAAGCACACUCCAGACAGAAUUGCAGGAACAAAAGCAUUACUACACUGAAGCAUGUUGUGCCAUUACUCAAUUAAAAGAGCAACUGCAGCAGCAGAUAGCACAAAGCAGCGCCCAAAGAGAGGAGAUCAUUCGCCUCAAACAGGAGCUUCAAUUGGUCAGCCAAAACCAGGCAUUGCAAGAUGAGGGAGGCAGCAGUUGGAAAGAUGAGCUGCUUGAACUUUUUCGCUCGAAGCAGGAAAGAGCCAUGUCAGAGUUGUUGUGUCUUCGGCAGGUGUGUGAAAAUCAACGUAAUGAUAUCCAGCUUUUACAGUUGAACUUGGAAAGUGCUCGUCAUUCUCUAAAAGAAAGAGUUACCUGGGAAAUACCAAGCAGCCAAGACUAUGUGAACAGAAGAUCAAUGGAUUUAAAUGUCCUGUGCAAUUGUUCCUUAAAAAAGAUUUUAAAGGAACUUGAUGAAACAAGUUCAGAACACAGCAGUUGCAGACAGCCGAGGCAGAAAAGUACUUCCUUCAUGCACAAGCAAUGUGAAUCACCACCACCAGGCCAUCAUCAUGGGACUUGAGAGGCACUUUGUGAACAGUUUUACACAAAUUAACCUCAGAAGAAGCUUCAAUAAACAUUCAUAAAGGCAAUAUUUUAACUUGUGUACUUUGUAAUAAUUUUCCAAGCUAUUUCUAUAUAACCAAC